AUGGUAUGGUCGAUAUUGUCUCCCCUACCCUUCUUCCCACCUCCACCAAUCUCCCCACCCACUCAUCUUUUCGCUCAUUCCCCCUACCUGCCCCUUACCACCCUCCCCCCUUCACUACCUCCCCCUUACUUCCCCCCUGCCUCCCCCUCAACCUCCCCUCCCUGUCCUCAUCCCUACAGGGCAGUCGUACUCGCUAUAGCGUUCCUCCUUCUCGCGGACGUGACUUUGAUCGACCUCUUGAAGCGUUUUCCAGGCCACUCAGCUGAUGGGGGGCUGUCUGCCCUCCAUUCCACCUCAGCAGCAGCCACGUCGGCAGCCACGUCAGCAGACACGUCAGCAGCCAACGUGUCAGUCAAAUCGGAUCUGCUGCAGCAGGAGGAGAUGCGUCAGCAGCAGGAAAGCAACGAGAAGCUUCCUCUGCUGAACCUCCUCCCGCUCAGCACCAGCGUUCCAGCAAUGCAGGCUCCCGAGGUUGUCACUCACGGGGUUGUCACUCACGGGGUUGUUACUCACGGGGUUGUUACUCACGGGGUUGUCACUCACGGGGUUGUUACUCACGGGGUCACUACUCCCACUAAUCCUCAUGCUGCUACCGCUCCUCGUGUGUUUGAGUCGACUCAAAACAUUCCAGCAAUGCAGGCUCCUGGGGUCGCUACUCUCACUAAUCCUUAUGGUUCUGCUCCUCCUGAUAACCCGCUUGCUCCUGCUAGCCCUGCUAACCUUGCCUCUGCUACUCCUGCUGCUGACGCUGACAGUUUUCCUGUGGCGGCACCAGGGGCGGCACCAGGGACAGGGGCGGCACCAAGAGCGGCAGCAGCAGCAGCAGCAGCAGCAGCAGCAGCAGCAGCAGCAGAUGAGAGUAGCGAUGGCACCACCAGUAGCGGUACUGACAGCCGCAUUGCCCCUAAUAGUGCCGAUAGCACCACAGCAACUCGUGCUUUUGAGGCGCCUCAAAAGUCCACCAAGUCAGGCAACACCCACCCAGGCAUGAUUCCAGUGGUGCAGUUUCUGCGGGGUGAGGCAGGUUGCAACCGGAGGAGGUACAUGCAGGCCUCCCUCCGCCAAGCCCUGCUGCACAACGCGUGGGUCAUUCUCAUUGGCCCUCGCGCGUGCCGGGAAGAAAUGACCGAACUCGGCAUUGAGUUAGAAGCAUACGAGGAUUAUGAGGAGUCAGCCCAUAUAGAGGAGCAGCUUGUAGAGGGGAUAGGGAAUUUGAAGGCGUAUCAUAUCCGCUGGUUCUUCCUACACGAAAUGAUGCACUGCAGUUGGAAUGGGUGCUUCAUCUCCCGUCUCACUCAUUCCCUCCUGCUCAUUCCCUCCCUCUCCUGCUCUCAUUCUCCUGCUUUACAGGUGGCGGUGAAAGGAGGAACCCUGGGGGACCCCUCGCUCCCAUCUCAGCAGCGCACAUACAACGACAUGAUUCAGCUGGGGUGGGUGCUUUUUCUCCCCUCUCACUCAUUUCCUCCUGCUGAUCCCUCUCCUGCUAUCAUUCCCCCUCCUUACAGUCAGCUGGGGUGGUAUGCCAGCCCUACCUGCUGGACUUCCCCUCCAGACCAAGCACCCGCAACGGACAAGGAGAGAUCCGCCCAGUACCCCCGCCUGCUCGGACAAGGUCUCGCCUCUCAACUUUUCCCCUUUCCCCCUUCCACCCUCCCCCGCUUUCCCCCUUUCUUGGUUUCCCCCUUCCCCCCUCUCCCUCUCCUUCCCCGGCAGUGCAAGGACAAGGAGGGAUCCGCCCAGUACCCGGACAUGCACGGCAAGUUCCAGCCAGCCUUCAAGGCGGAGUCACUGUCUGCAGCACACCCAACAGGCCCGGACAGGGAGGCGGGAGCAGGAGCGGCCAGUAGCACUCAGGCUCCGUGCAGGCGGGUGAGAGUGGUGCGCAUGGUGGUAGCAAUGGUGCGGGCGAGAGUGGGGAGGGCGGGCGGGGACGGGUGUAGGGAGGCGGGAGCAGGAGCAGCCAGUCGCAUGCAGACUCUCUUCACACAGGAGAGCGACAGCCGUGCACCCACCUAG